CUCCGUCCGUGCUGUGCGCGGCUACUCUUAACGCGACAUACAAUACACUUUAGCUAUAUAUUCCAUCAGUGCGUACACGAGAAGAACACAAAAAGUCAACGUUUGUUUUACAAAAGCUCUUCUGUUUUUUUUAUUCCCACGUCGCAGUCAAUUGGCAGACAUUUCAUCGCGAGUGUGGCAAUUGAUUGAAAGUAACAAAAACUAUUUGAAUAAAAAAAAAGGAAUAGCGAACCCAUACAAAACCGCGCGGGGAAAGAAAAAACUGAAAGUUUUUUCAAAAAAUCGGGUCUGGCACGUAAGAAGGCCAGUUGCGAGUGAGCGACACCUGGCGGCGCAGCGUAGUUGUUGAGAUAGAGAGUACAGUACAGCAAGCGAGUGCGAGACCGAGCCGUGGCGCAAUGGCUUCCGUGAAAGACACGGCGACUUUCUUUGCCGAGGGCACGCACACGCAGUUCGAGCAUGUACUCAAACUUUAUCCACAGGCACUCAGAAUCAAGGCUGAGAACCACAAGAGCAAGAAACCCGAGGAGCUGAUCAAACUCGACAACUGGUAUCAGAAUGAGUUGCCCAAGAAGAUCAAGGCGCGCGGCAAAGACGGACACCUCACUCACGAGGAACUCUGUCAAACGAUGAAAUGGAAGCAAAUCAGAGGUAAAUUCUAUCCGCAGCUGUCAUACCUCGUGAAGGUGAACACGCCGCGCGCUGUGAUGGCCGAGACGAAAAAGGCCUUUAAGAAGCUACCGAAUCUCGAGCAAGCGAUCACUGCACUGUCCAACCUCAAAGGUGUUGGCACGACGAUGGCGUCGGCCCUACUGGCCGCAGCAUCACCCGAGCACGCGCCGUUCAUGGCGGACGAGUGCCUCAUGGCCAUACCCGAGAUAGAGGGCAUCGACUACACCACCAAGGAGUAUCUCAACUUUGUGCAGCACAUUCAGAAUACCGUUACGAGGCUCAACAAACAAAACACAAACGGCACCACCUGGAGUCCACACCGAGUAGAGCUGGCCUUAUGGACCCACUAUAUAGCGUCCGAGAUGAAGCCAGACUUGCUAGAUGGCAUCCCAGAUGCGAAUGGCAGUGCCGCAGCAGCUACAGAAAAUGGCAACUCGCAUGUGACCAACGGUGAGCCAUCCGACGACAGCAACCAGGACUUGGCUACAGCGUUGCCAACCGUUACCACAGUGCAGUCAAACGGCAAGUCGACAACGAAUGUCAGUGAGCCAGCGGCAGCUCUCGAUGAGAACAGCACGACCACGUCCUUCACUGAGGAUUCGCUUGACAAACCAGCCACUCCGAGCAGCAACAAUAUGUCGGCCGCGGUGACGAAAAAUGCAACCGCAGUGGCCGUCAACGAGGACACAAAUGACUCGACGCCAACGAACGACGAUGAUAGCAGUACCGCGAGACCGACGGACGAGAGCGAAGCCGGCACUGAGGAAGACUCGUCGCAAGAUUCGGUACAGGAGCCGCCCACGAAAAAAAGCAAGAAGUGACCGGAGCAAGUGAUGUUGAGACAACAAGCCACCGACGCCGCAGCCGCGAUGAUGCUCUGAGCAGCAGAGGCAUAAAAGGAUGUACAACGGGCCACUGUUGACAGUGUCGCAGAUUUAUUCCCUGCUGCUGCUGCUGCUGCCAGCCAACAACCCUUACUUCUUUUUUUUCACGAGCCAACCAGUCGUCUCUGUGCGCAUGCGAGUUUCAAUAUGCUGUUUAUUUUUCCGAUUUCGUCUUUUUCAUUUUUUUAUUCAUCAUUCACUUGCUCUUUUCUUUUUAUUCGUUUUCUUCAACGAGUCUCUCGUUCAUUUAUAAUUCUCAUUGAAAGUACCCUCCCCCCUAUCAUCUCUCCCUUCUCCGAUUAUUUUUUUGUGUCCGCCGAAUCGAAAGUUUCAUGACAAACUUUAAUAUCGCGGGGCACUUGAGCGUGUAAACGAAAGAGAGUGAAAGAGUGUGUAGAUGUAUAAAUGACGUAUCAUUCUUUAAAGAACGCGGUGACAAACAAAAGGCGGUGGCGCUUAUUAUAACGAUUAUAUCAAAGUAAUUAAAUAAUAAUGAUAAUCUUAAACACUACCGAAUCAUUACCAUAAUUUAUAUACCUAAAUGAGAGGGAGAGAGAGGGAGAGAGGGAGAGAGAGAGAGAGAGAGAGAGAGAGAGAGAGAGAGAGAGAGAGAGAGAGAGAGAGAGAGAGAGAGAGAGAGAGAGAGAGAGAGAGAGAGAGAGAGAGAGAGAGAGAGAGA